GCAACUCUCGCGAUAGUUAAAAACGCAUGGCCGCCCACAGUGUUUACAACUUCUCGCAAUGAACCGAUGAUUAAAAACACAAGUCCCGAAGAAGACGGCCGUAGAAUAUUUCUCUAACUCGCUGGUAGUCUCCGGCUUGCAGUUAAACCUUUUACACCAGCGAGGGGAAAAGUGCGUAUUGCCAAAUAGGCCACAACACAGCCAGUCGGUGCUGUGAUGUCCUCGACCCCCAGCAGACUCAACCCCCCCCACUGCAGGAAGAAGCACUAUCCCAGUAGCACUUACCUCACCCACGUCUGACAGCCCCCCCCCCCCCAACUUGUAGGCAUCUGUACGCCAAUUGGAGGACAGGAGACAACCAACCAGAGGGAGAUGUCUGACACGGCUGGAGGAGGUGAAAGCAGUGGUGUAGGAGAGCCUGAUGGGGACAGCGACGCCCCUCGUCAGGGACCAGCUUUGCCCGAGUGGGACAUCUUGGAGGUGACCUCAGAGGACGGGGUCCCUUUGUCCGCCAAGCGGCCCAGAGUGAGCGAGGAGGAACUGGGUCCGGAGCCGGUUGCAGAGCCCGUCGCUGUGCACGAAGGAAGGCCGGCGCAGACCGGCCCGCUGCAGGAAGAUUUAGUCCCGCUAGAAACGGGAGAAGCGAUACACGGCAAGGACGCGGCGCAAGAGGUGCCCGUGAGUGGGGGAGUCGAGGAAGAACGGCAUCAGGAUGGAAAUGGCGGGCAUGAGGCACCCGUAGAAGAAGGCGAGACGAGGCCAGAAGGCGAUAACGGUUCUGCAGACAGCCCCGGGGAAGAGCCGCGACUUGGUCUAGAUUUCACCCAGAACCCGCAGAUGCUCACUGGUUCCUGGACAGAGUACUCCAACCUUCCAGAGAAUUACCUCAAAGGCUGCAAAUGGGCUCCUGAUGGUUCCUGUAUCCUGACCAACAGCGCAGACAAUGUGCUCCGCGUGUACAACAUCCCGCCGGAGGUUUACAGCUAUGACUGGGAUUCUCUCCCUGAGAUGAGUCCGGUGCUGAGGAUGGCAGAGGGCGACACCGUCUACGACUACUGCUGGUACCCCAAGAUGAGCUCUCUGGACGCAGACACAUGCUUUCUUGCCAGCAGCAGCCGAGACAACCCGGUCCACCUGUGGGAUGCCUUUUACGGGGAGGUGCGAGCGAGCUACCGGCCCUACAACCACCUGGAUGAGCUGACGGCGGCGCACUCGCUGUGCUUCUCGCCCGACGGAACGCAGCUCUACUGCGGCUUCGACAAAACGGUCAGGGUCUUCUACACCGAGCGGCCCGGGAGGGACUGCGAGGAGAGGCCCACCAUAGUGAAGAAGCAGGGCCAAAGUGGCAUCAUCUCCUGCUUUGGCUUCAGCCCCUGCCAGUCUGUUUACGCCUGCGGCUCCUACUCCCGCUGCGCCGGCCUCUACUCCUGCCAAGACGGCACCCUGCUGGCUCUGCUGCCGACCCGCCACCACGGAGGCCUCACCCACCUGCUCUUCUCCCCUGACGGCCACUACCUGUACACGGGGGGCCGCAAGGAUCCAGAGAUCCUGUGCUGGGACCUACGGGAGCCGGACCAGGUUGUGUUUUCGCUCAAGAGAAACGUGUCUACUAACCAACGCAUCUACUUUGAUCUGGACCCGUCGGGCAGGUACCUGCUAAGUGGGGACACGGAUGGAAUGGUGUCUGUCUGGGACACCCAGACAGCGCCUCCUGAUGGUAACGAGGUGCUGCUGCAGCCCCAGCUCAGUUUCCAGGCCCAUUGGGACUGCACCAACGGCAUCAGCGUUCAUCCCUUCAUGCCGCUGUUGGCCACAUCCAGCGGGCAGCGGCAGUUCCCGUCGCCCGGCGAGAGCGAGGGCGACUCUGCCUCUGAGGGCGAGACAGCUGAGGCCGUGAUGUCGCCUCAGGAGGCCCGACAGGACAACGCCCUGAGUCUGUGGUGGGCCGGGCCGCUCGGCAGCCAAGAGCAGGAAGGCGAGGCGGUGGAGACCUGACGCUCUGCACGUCACACCUGUCCCGGGACAUUUAGAUUGGGGACGGCCUUCCGUGAAGCUGACUAAGGGGUCGUCAUGCCAUCCGCAACAUUAUGUCCUGGGGUGGCACCGCAUUUCAGGGUCAUUUUAAAAUCUGGUUACAUAUAAAUAUCUGCGGCCUAAUUAAGCUAAAGUGAAUCAACAUAACAUCUGCGAGUUAACAUUUCCUGACACAUUUGCGAAGAUUAAAGGUCAGUGCAGGACAGAUGUUCAGCGUUCUUUGUAUGAAGAGUCGUUGAUGUGAAGCUAGUUUGGUACAUAAUAAUUAGAACGAGCUGCCUAUAAGACUGGUCAAUGCUAAAUGCAGGGUAGAGACAAGAUGGGGACUUAUUUAAUUGGCAGAAGAACAAAUCGUUAAACAUAAAAAAAUUAGUAUGAAACCUUUUUUUUCAAGGUGAAUGUUCUUCCUGAUUUGUAAAGGUUUGGAGGGACUUGAUUGUGAGAAGCGGCCCAGUGUCUGUUUGGAAGAGUUUGUUCACAUGUGUGGCUAUAAUGGAGGUUCCUCGCAGGUUUUUACCUACAUUAAGGGCCAUUUGUUUUGUAGACUGAUGGGAUCUUCCGGGUUUAGCCGUUCUUUUUUUUAAAUCUAUUUGGCUGUGCGUGUGCGUCAUGUCGCUCAGUGCAUGACCCCAUGUAUAUUUUUGUAAAGCCGCGAUGAUCGCUAAUGUUUUCAAAUGCUCUGUAAGCAGCUAGCUUGAUUUCUGUGACCUCAUAACGAUCUGUGAAGUCUGUAAGUGAACCAGGAAAAACAAGCGUUUUUCUUUCUUUUUUACCUGCGAGUGUUGAUGUGGCAGCACAGAACACAUUGUUUGUACAGUUGUAUUAAUAAUGCCCUGCAGUGGUCCAUGCUCAUCAUCGCCCCAUCAGUGGGGUCAGCUUUGCUUCGGGUGUUAUUCUUCUGCAGGUCGAUCGGAUGAAGCACAGCAUGAUCCAACUGAAGCCUCGUAUCUUUGACACGGAGGAAUCAAUACGUUUCGAAGCCUCUGCUGAUCCAGGGUUCACUCCUUGAACUCAAAUCGGUUGCUGGUAACAAUAGCAGCUACGAUUGUGUGGCUGCCUUUAAACAAUACUACACUCAUUUGAAUUGCCAGAAAGCAUCGUGAAACCAUGUGACAUACGUCCCUAGAUGGAUGGCUGUGUGUGCCACAGGUGGUUUUCUUCAAGCUGCAGUGAAUUAAAAGCAUAUCUCAUAACGUC